GUGGGUAUAGACAACAUGGAUCCCAGCAAGGUUGCUCACACAGAGUAUCCGGUCAACACCAUUAUCAUCCAUGAGGACUUCAGUAACCAAACCAUGAGCAAUAACAUAGCCCUCCUGAAGACAGACACAAAGAUGCAUUUCAAUGACCUGGUCCAGUCCAUCUGCUUCCUUAGCAGAAAGCUGCAUAUGAAUCGAGCCUUGCGGAACUGCUGGGUGUCAGGAUGGAACCCCACGUCUGCAACAGGACAUCAUAUGACGAUGAGUAUCCUGAGGAAAGUCUUCGUGAAAGACGUUGAUGUGUGUCCCUUACACAAACUCCAGAAAACAGGAUGUGGCAGUCACACAAAAGAGGAAACUAAGUCUGUCUGCUUGGGGGAACCAGGAAGCCCAAUGAUGUGCCAGCUGGAGAAGAUGAGUCUGUGGGUUCUGCAAGGACUUCUGACCUACGGUGGUGAGAAAUGCCCUGGCCUUUUUGUGUACACCAAGGUGGAAGACUACAGCGACUGGAUCAUGUACAAGACUAAGCGGACUGGCCUUCCCGUGUCUUCGCUUCACCAGUGGGAGAAGCUGAUCUCUCUCUCUAACCCUAGAUUAUACGCAGCCACGACAAACGGCGCACAUUUUGGACGGGGCUACCUCAGAUGGGGCUACCCAUCACACUUCCAAGGACAAAGAAAGUCCAGUAUGCAUUUACAGAAAGCAAACAGCUCUAGAUAUGGUCAGGACCUUAGGCUAAAGGAUGUAAGGGAAUCAGGCAGGCUGCAGGCAGCCAUACAGCCCGUGUACUAUGACUACUAUGGCGGGGAGGUUGCGGACAGCAGGUCUGCUGCGGGUCAGAACAGGGUGCGUCAGCCCCAAGAAAUCAUCUUGGUUUUCUUUGUGCUUGUUUUCUUUUGCAGCAGUGUCUACCAUAGGAGCUAACCUACCAAACGGAAGAGUAAGCUCAGAAGGCUGAGUGCCAGCCAUUCGCCAAGCUGUAUUGGUGUCUGUUUUCAAUAGUUACACAC